AUGGCAUACCGGGGUCCAGACGUGACAGAAUACCUCACCCGUAUUCAAAUGGAACCAUCGGAGCUCCAACUUCGGCUCGCCCAGCAGGAGGAACGAAUUGAGGAGCUAUGCCAGCUCCUACGCCAGUCCGCCACACCGGCGGUUCAACCCGCCAUUCCUUCGGCAUCCACCGGACCCGCCCCGAUGGCUAUGCCGGGAAAGUAUGAUGGCUCUCCUGGCAAAUGCCUGGGAUUCCUCAUGCAGUGCGGGAUGUAUAUCGCCCACCACUCUGCAAACUACCAAACGGAGAAGGACAGAGUCGACUUUGUCAUCUCCCUGUUAACAGGAAGAGCCCUCGAUUGGGCAACGGCCCUCUGGUCAGCGGGAGCCCCAGAACUUCUGUCUGAGCAACAUUUUCAAGCACAGUUUAAAGAGGUGUUUGACCACCCCAUUACCGGGAAAACCACGGGAGAUUUGCUGUGCGAAAUCCGGCAGGGCUCGCAAACGGUGUCAGAUUACGCCCUGAGGUUCCGGACCCUCGCCGCGGGCAGCGGGUGGAGCGAGACCGCACUCCUGACCAUCUACCGUCGCGGUCUCCGUCCUGAACUCCAGGCCGAACUGGCGUGCCGAGGGGAUGUCACCCAGCUUGGCGAUUACAUCCGGGUGUCCAUUAGCGUGGGACACCUCCUCGAGUCCCGACGAUCCCCGCGAGCCAGUUUUCCAUCUGAGCCCACCUUUCCGGUAACACCUCCUCUGGCCGACGAGGGACCGGAGCCGAUGCAGUUAGGUCGCCUGCCCCUGUCUCCAGCGGAGAGAAUAAGGAGGAUCAGGGAGCAGUUGUGCUUGUAUUGUGGCGAGGCGGGACAUCUCCUUCGGAACUGCCGACUCCGACCCCCCCGUCAGAAGGAUGGCUGGACCUACACCUCUGCCAAGGUAGGACUGUCUCCAGUGUUAAACAUGUCACGUCAACAACUAACCCUACCUACUGUUUUAUCUUUGGGGAAAAUGAAGCAGGAGGUACGUGGGUUGGUGGACUCGGGGGCGGCAGGGAAUUUUAUGGACCAACACUUGGCUCACCGUUUAGCUGUGCCCCUCAUCCCAGUGCGUCCUCCACUCCGAAUCAACGCCUUGGAUGGGCAGCCCCUGGGCACCGGAAUGAUUAUGCACCAGACGGCUAACAUCACUCUGCGGGUCGGAGCGCUGCACGAGGAGGACAUAAGGUUCUUCAUAGUGUCCUCUCCCCGGGAACCUCUGAUCCUAGGACACCCGUGGCUUGUGCUCCAUGACCCUGUGAUUUCGUGGAGACAAGGUGAGUUACUGACCUGGUCUCCUGAAUGUAUGUCCAGAUGUCUGAACGUCACCUGCCGAGCCACCUCGGUGGAGGCAGCCACGGCUACAAAGACCCAGGCAGUACCCCCCUGCUACGAGACACUCCAGGAGGUAUUCAGCAAACAAAAAGCCGCAGAGCUGGCUCCCCAUCGACCAUGCGAUUGUGCUAUCGAGCUGCUGCCAGAGGGACCGCUGCCGAGGGGCCGGAUAUACGCGCUGUCCCUACCAGAGGAGGAGGCCAUGAACCAGUACGUCGAGGAAUCCCUGCAGCAGGGCAUCAUCCGCCCCUCCACGUCCCCGGCCGCUUCAAGCUUCUUCUUCGUGGGAAAGAAAGAUGGAGGGCUCCGUCCUUGUAUCGAUUACCGGGCAUUGAAUGCGAUCACAGUGAAGAACCGGUUCCCUCUGCCCCUCAUCCCCGCGGCCUUGGAACAGGUAGGAGGGGCAAGCAUAUACACUAAGCUUGAUCUCCGUAGCGCUUACAACUUGGUGCGCAUCCGGGAGGGCGAUGAAUGGAAAACUGCUUUCCUGACGGCAAGAGGGCAUUACGAGUACCUGGUGAUGCCCUACGGGCUCACAAACGCCCCCGCAGUAUUCCAAGCCUUUAUGAACGAACUCUUCCAUGACAUGAUAAAUCGGUUUCUUAUUGUGUACAUUGACGAUCUGCUCAUUUACUCACACAGUAUGGAGGAGCACGUCCAGCAGGUGCGUUUAGUGCUACAGCGUCUGCAGGCCAACCAACUCUACGUGAAUGCGGAGAAAAGCCUGUUCCACGUCUCAACGCUCACCUUCCUUGGAUACGUGCUUUCGCCAGGAGGGGUCGCCAUGGACCAAGGCAAGGUAGACGCGGUGCACAACUGGCCUACACCCAACACCGUAAAGGAGCUCCAGCGGUUCCUGGGGUUCUCCAAUUACUAUCGGAGAUUCAUCCGGAACUUCGGGGCAAUGGCUGCUCCACUUACCGCCCUUACGAGCCAGAAGAAGGGCAAACUCCCAUGGUCUGACGCAGCCCAGAAGGCGUUCGACACCCUUAAGCUGGCGUUCACCUCAGCUCCCGUGCUGACCCAACCGGACCCCGACCGCCAGUUUAUUGUCGAGGUGGACGCCUCCGAAGAAGGGGUGGGGGGUGUUCUAUCCCAACGCACGGGGAGUCCCCCCAAGGUGCACCCAUGUGCGUUCUUUUCAAAGAAACUGUCCCCGGCGGAAAGAAACUACGACGUGGGCAACCGGGAACUGCUAGCCAUCAAACUCGCCCUGGAAGAAUGGAGGCAUUGGCUAGAGGGAGCUCGGCACCCCUUCAUGGUCCUGACUGAUCACCGGAACCUGGAGUAUCUGAAAGGGGCAAGACGGCUAAACCCGCGUCAGGCCCGGUGGGCCUUGUUCUUCACGCGCUUCCAAUUUACCGUGUCGUACCAGCCCGGAGAGAAGAACGCAAAGGCGGACGCACUCUCACGACUAUACGGAUCUCCGGCGUCUAUGGGCGAUCCCGAACCCAUCCUACCGGACUCAUAUUUCGUCGGCCCCAUCCACUGGGAGCUCGAGUCCGUCAUCCAGGACGCGCUCCGCACAGACCCAGCACCACCUGACACCCCUGCCAACCGGGUCUAUGUCCCCGCAUCAGUGCGACCUCAACUCGUCCAGUGGAGUCACACCUCGUUGGGAUCAGGACAUCCAGGCAUUACCCGAACCACUCAGCUCUUGUCCCAGAAAUACUGGUGGAAUUCGUUGGCCUCCGACGUGCGGGACUACGUGCUAUCCUGUCCGGUCUGUGCACAAACUAAAACCCCCCGUCAACUCCCCGCCGGGGAGUUAGUACCGCUGCCCACUCCCCAGAGACCGUGGUCCCAUGUGGCAGUGGACUUCCUCACCGACCUACCGGCGUCAGAGGGGUUUACUACUAUUUUAGUAUUAGUCGACAGGUUCUCUAAAAUGUGUCGCUUUAUACCCCUGUGUAACCUUCCUUCAGCCAUAGAGAUGGCAGAGUGUCUGUUCCUCCAGGUGUUUCGACCGUUCGGCCUUCCAGAAGAAAUCAUCUCCGACAGAGGUCCUCAGUUCACGUCUCAGGUCUGGAGGGCGUUCUGCAACCGGCUGGGAAUAAAGGUGAAGCUGACGUCCGGAUACCAUCCAGAGACCAACGGCCAAACCGAAAGACUCAACCAGGAACUGGGGAAGUACCUUCGUGGUUAUUGCUUACAACACCCACAUGAUUGGUCCCGGUACGUGGCCUGGGCAGAAUACGCACAGAACUCAACAUUCCACUCGUCAUUACGAUUAACCCCGUUUCAGUGUGUGCUGGGAUACCAGCCCCCAUUGUUUCCCUGGGACACUAGGCCUGGUCCCGUACCGGCCGUAGAGGACUGGUUCCAACGCAGUGGCGAAGUCUGGGAGACCGCCCAUCGUCACCUCUGCCAAGCCGCCAGCACGCAAAAGAAGUUCGCAGACCGACGACGCCGGCCCGCUCCCAGCUACCAAACGGGUCAGAGGGUGUGGCUAUCCACGAGAAACUUGAAGCUGCGUCUGCCCUGCCGGAAGCUGUGGCCACGAUACAUCGGACCAUUCAAAAUCACCCAUCGCAUAAACCCGGUAACCUACCGACUGCUUCUACCUAAACAUUAUCGAAUCUCGUCAGCAUUUCACGUGUCUCUUCUGAAGCCUGUCCAUGCUAGCCCUCUCCAUCCAUCUCUACCGACACCAACGCCACCUGCCCCACUGGAGAUAGAUGGGGGUCCGGCAUACGCUAUCACGGCGGUGCUGGAUUCCAAACGUCUGCGGGACGGCCUCCAUUACCUGGUGGACUGGGAAGGAUACGGCCCUGAAAAACGAUCAUGGAUCCCGGCCCGGGAUGUCCUCUCCCAAGAACUAAUAGAGGAGUUUCAUCGGAUGCGCCCGGAUCGCCCUGCACCUCGCCCGCGGGGUCGCCCGCCGUCUACAGUGGCUCGACCGUCAGGAGCCGGCCGUGGAGGAGGGGGCUCUGUUGGAAGCUCUGAUCUCGAGUCUGAGUUUGCCUCCAGGGUCAAUUCGUUACAGAAUACCUCACCAGUAUUCAAAUGGAACCAUCGGAGCUCCAACGUCUGCUUGCCCAGCAGGAGGAACGGGUUGAGGAGCUAUGCCAGCUCCUACGCCAGUCCGCCACACCGGCGGUCCAACCCGCCAUUCCUUUUGCUCGCAAACGACCCUUCGUGGAGACAAGGGGAGUUACUGACCUGGUCUCCUGAGUGUUUGUCCAGAUGUCUGAACGUCACCUGCCGAGCCACCUCGGUUGAGGCAGCCACGGCUCCAAAGACCCAGGCAGUACCCUCCUGCUACGAGACGCUCCAGGAGGUAUUCAGUAAACAAAAAGCCGCAGAGCUGGCUCCCCAUCGACCAUGCAAUUGUGCUAUUGAGCUGCUUCCAGAGGGACCGCUGCUGAGGGGUCGGAUCUACGCGCUGUCCCUACCAGAGGAAGAGGCCAUGAACCGCUUCUUCUUCGUGGGAAAGAAGGAUGGCGGGCUACGUCCUUGUAUCGAUGACCGGGCAUUGAACGCCAUCACAGUGAUGAACCGGUUCCCUCUGCCCCUGAUCCCCGCGGCCUUGGAACAGGAGAGGGCCGCCAUGGACCAAGACGAGGUGCGCAACUGGCCUACACCCAAAACCGUGAAGGACCUCCAGCGGUUCCUGGGGUUCUCCAAUUAUUAUAGGAGAUUCAUCCGGAACUUCGGGGCAAUGGCUGCCCCACUUACCGCCCUUACGAGCCAGAAGAAAGGCAAACUUCCAUGGUCUGACGCGGCCUGGAAGGCGUUCGACACCCUCAAACGGACGUUCACCUCUGCCCCCGUGCUGACGCAACCGUACCCCGACCACCAGUUCAUUGUCGAGGUGGACGCCUCCGAAGAAGGGGUCGGGGAUGUUCUAUUCCAACACACGGGGAGUCCCCCCAAGAUGCACCCAUGUGCGUUCUUUUCUAAGAAACUGUCCCUGGCGGAAAGGAACUACGACGUGGGCAACCGGGAACUGCUAGCUAUCAAACUUGCCCUUGAAGAAUGGAGGCAUUGGCUAGAGGGAGCUCGACACCCCUUCAUGGUACUGACUGAUCACCGCAACCUGGAGUACCUGAAAGGGGCGAAACGGCUAAAUCCGCGUCAGGCCCGGUGGGCUUUGUGUUUUACGCGCUUCCAGUUUACUGUGUCAUACCAGCCCGGAGAGAAGAACGCAGAGGUGGACGUACUCUCACGCGUGUACGGGUCCCCGGCGUCUAUGACCGACCUCGAACCCAUCCUUCCGGACUCGUAUUUCGUCGUGAGGCCUCAGCUUGUCCAGUGGAGCCACACCACGUUGGGAUCAGGACAUCCAGGCAUUACCCGAACCACUCAGCUCUUGUCCCAGAAGUUCGGGUGGAACUCGUUGGCCUCCGACGUGCGGGACUACGUGCUCUCCUGUCCGGUCUGCGCGCAAACAAAAACCCCCCGUCAGCUCCCCGCCGGGGAGUUAGUACCGCUGCCCACUCCCCAGAGACCGUGGUCCCAUGUGGCGGUAGACUUCCUCACUGACCUACCGGCAUCCGAGGAGUUUACUACUAUUCUAGUCUUAGUCGACAGGUUCUCUAAAAUGUGUCGCUUUAUACUCCUGUGUAACCUACCCUCAGCCAUGGAAAUGGCAGAGUGUCUGUUCCUCCAGGUGUUCCGCCCGUAUGGCCUUCCAGAGGAAAUCAUCUCAAAUCGGGGUCCUCAGUUCACGUCUCACGUCUGGAGGGCGUUCUGCAACCGGCUGGGGAUAAAGGUGAAGCUGACGUCCGGGUACCAUCCAGAGACCAACGGCCAAACCGAAAGGCUCAACCAGGAACUGGGGAAGUACCUUCUUCUGUCUUAG